UCCGUGACACACACACAGAGCUCCCAUUGUAUGAGCUGCUGCUUUGCACAUCUCCUAAUUUGGAUUUACCGGGAAACUCAUUUCCUGAGGCUCGAGAGAGAGCGUGGGUUGGAGAGAGGCGACGGGAUCCGAGGGAGUGAGUGAGUGACAGACGGGGGCACCGGCCGGGACAGCGGUCGCCGGCGCCGACGACGAUGCCCGCGGCUGGCAAGGAGCCCCAGCGGUCGCCGCCGCCCCACCACCACCAGCAGCAACAGCAGAGGGGCAUGCUCAAGUGCGUGGUGGUCGGGGACGGAGCGGUGGGCAAGACCUGCCUGCUCAUGAGUUACGCCAACGAUGCCUUCCCCGAGGAGUAUGUACCCACCGUCUUCGACCACUACGCAGUAACCAUCACCGUUGGAGGAAAGCAGCAUUUGCUUGGUCUAUAUGAUACCGCAGGACAGGAGGACUAUAAUCAACUGCGACCCUUCUCCUAUCCAAAUACUGAUGUAUUUUUGAUUUGUUUCUCUGUUGUAAAUCCUGCAUCUUACCACAAUGUGCAAGAGGAAUGGGUGCCUGAGCUGAAAGCAUGUAUGCCUCAUGUACCUUAUGUAUUGAUUGGAACUCAGAUUGAUCUGAGAGAUGAUCCCAAAACAUUGGCCCGAUUAAUUCAUAUGAAGGAGAAACCUAUCACAUAUGAACAAGGUGUGAAGCUGGCAAAAGAGAUUGGAGCACAGUGUUACUUGGAAUGUUCUGCACUCACACAAAAAGGCUUGAAAACAGUUUUUGAUGAAGCAAUUUUGACAGUUUUCCACCCCAAAAAGAGGAAAAGAGGUUGUGCAAAAUGUCGUGCGUGUUGUGCAAUUAUCUGAUGCAAUGCAAGAGAGUAAAAGAACUUCAUUUACAAGAAGGCAAGUUCUGGAUGACUAACAAGAACGAAGCUGAUUGUGCAAACAGAAAGCAUUUUACUGAAAGAUUUUGGAAAAGGAAAGCAUACGUUUCCUUGUUCCUUGGUAUGAUGAAGAGAUGGAGAUCGGGUCCAAUCGGAACAGCUGCAAUAGUGGACUAACAUAAAGUAUCAAACCUCACAAAAGUCAUAUUAGUUUACUGCUAACUACCAUUCACUUUUCAAAUUGCCAGGUGUACAUCUUUUCUUGAGCCUGGCUGAAAAGUUCUGAGCCAUUGUUUCAAAAGAACUGUCUGUUAUGGCAAGGAUGUGACAAGGAACCCUGAGGAGAAGUACAGGUAAAGAUGCUAUAGAGAGGGCAUAGAAGCACUGCAGUGGAACCCUGUUACUUUCAGCUAAGCUUUUCCGUGGCCUUAUACUGCUUACUAUAAGCACAUACUGCAGUUUGAAGACCUCAUUGGUAUUUGUUCAUGCAGUACUGCCUUCCUGAAGCUGGGUGAGCACUAAUGCGAUUUGCAAUAGCCAUCUGAACUCGUGUAGCCUGCUACGAUCAGUGAAUACCUUCUAACUGUGUAAGCCAUUAUUUCAGAAACUCAGUGAUAAAGACCGUCUACAGUGAUUGUUCGAAGUAGCAUGUCAAAGUAAUACCAGCACUACAUGUUGAAUUUAAAACAUGAUACAAAAUGAGAUCAUGUUCCCCUGGGUUCUCUAAUUUCAUGACAAGAUUAAUUCUCCAUGGAACAAGACUUGAAAUAAUCCAUGCUCUAAGCAAGCCAAUUUUUUUAUAUAUAUAUUUGAUUGUUUUCACAGCAUCUGAUGCUUCGAUUUGGAUCUGCUAUGGUCUUGUUUUAACCCAUUAACGACAGAGAUAAGGCUGAGGAAUAGUGCCUCUGCUUAAAUUCCAAAGUAACAUUUUACUGUUACCAAGCUUUAUUUAAGUUUUUUUUUUCUAAAUGUACAGAGUAAGAACGCUUAACAACUGGGUUGGUAGUCCCUCGUAAUGGCUGGAGAUGCAUGACCCAAUGGGUUAUGGAAUGCUGUCUAGAAUUCCUUCAUGAUGAAAAUAUUGAACAGAGGCAGUGGCUCUCCAUUGCAGAAAGAGUACAUUUGAAAAGUUUGAUUUUUCACUAUUUUUCAAAUGUUGGCAAAUAGUGCAAAAGGAUAUUAGUGAUCUCACCACUGUUUGCCCAUUCACCUACAAUGUGAAGCUGACAGAUAAAAAUCGAGCGAAAACUGACUUCCAAAUCCAUUUCCAACAUUAGCCAGCAUUUUAAGGAUUAGCAAUUAAUUUAGAACCUCCGACGUUUUCCUAACACCUGAUCACUUCUUUGCGUUUCUGAGCAGACCGUUAGAUGAUGAGAGUGGAGCCUGGUGAGAACUUUUCCCUCAGCAUGUUCUUCCCAUUGAGAAAGUAUCUAUCAUCGGUCCCAAGCAUUCACUUGAAAUUUUCAAUUAGUCAAACACAGUGUUGUACAUUCCACCUUGCUUUAUUUCUACAGAAUCACUGUAAAAAGUGGAGUUUUGGUUUGUCAAGAUUAAAGCAGCAGAACAGAGAGUAAGCUACGUCAUUGUAAUUAUGUUUCUAGAGCUAUACAUUCAUUAGCACUGGAGAAACCUAAUAGGAAGGUUUUCUUUAGCUGAAUUGGGAUAUGCAUUUCAAAACAACAGUCUGUUUGAUUAAAUCUCAUUAGCCCCGUUUUUCCUGUAUUUUGCUUGUCCUGUACAUUGCUUGUAGGUGAGCUGUUAAUGGUGCUGGGAGGCCGUGGGGCCACGAUACAUAGUGAGAUGUUUACUGGUGUGACUUGAGGGUUGAGAAAGAAAUAGCAGAUGGAGAAAGUGGAGGUAGAAUUUUGUGUGAAUUAAGAUUUAGAGGCUUUAAAAAAAUGGAGAAAAGAAAUCUGGAUUAAGAAGGAGUAAGAAGUGACAGAAAGGUAAAAGGAUUUAACAUUCUAACUUUAAUGGUGUUAGUUGUCUGGUAAUUCAUGGUAGUUCACAAGCCACAGCGCAUCAUCUUCUUGCCACGAGCCACCAGGCUUUCAGUGAAGUAAUAGGAAGCAACGCUAAACCGCCCUUUAUUUUUGUGCAAGGUGAAAGAAAAUAGAACGUAGUUUUUAUUACAAUUAUAUAGUGCAGAUAUCUAUUAUAGCUGCAUGUCAGACAGAAUGAUUACUUGAAAUCAUGAUUGUGCUGACAACCAUUAUUUUUCAUGUACAGUGCACAUAAAGCAAGCCAGCUUCAUUUAAAAAUUAACUUUAGUCAUGAAGAACAGUUUCAAUUAGUUCUGAGAACUUUAUUCAAAAUGGCAAUACUCAUUUAGUUGAUGGACUUCAGUGGUUAAACAGCAAUGCUGUCUUUGUGGAAAGCUGCCUGUAAAAACCCACUGAUUCCUGUGUUCUGGGCUUUCCUUGUGGUUUCCUGUACAUCAGUUCUGUGGGAUCCCUGAUCUCCAACAGCAGAGGGUCAUCAGGCACGCUGAAGGAUAAUCAUAUUGAAGAAGCCUUAUUGGCAUCAGACUGGGAAGAUUAAAGCACAACUAAUAGUUUAAACAUUUUACAGAGCUUGAAGUAGAUUAGAAUAUAUGCAUAUGAUUAAAGUAGUGGCUAAAAUAUCAUUAUUUUUAAAAUGCAUUAUAUUUUGAAAUAUUUACCUUAAAGAAUUAUAAUCCAGAAACAAAAUUAAUUUGUUUUAGGAGACCAGUUUGACAAGUGGUAUUUAUGGCUUAAUAUACCAUUUAAAACUGACUUGCACAGCAAAUAACAAAGCAAAACACCUCUUGGGUGUUUUGCAGAAAGACCAGUUCAUGAAUAUCUGAAUUUUUUUUUCAGUUCUUGGGAUUACUAUGCAAAACUGUGCCCUUAUGCAGAGGCAGAAAAUUAGUAACAAUAGCUUCUGGCUCAGUCUUCAGGUGUAUACUGUAUGUGCAUUGUCCCGAAAUUGCUGAUAUGUAAUGGUAAAUGCUGGCAAUUUCACCAUUAAGAUACCAAAAUUUUGGCCAAUAUUGAAAUCUGGUUUGACUUGGUGCCUAAGAGGUUUCUAAACACCUGUCACUAUCCAUUCUGUUCUGCCAGUGGAACCACACUAUGUAUUCCUACUUUAUUACAUCUUCCAGGUGCUUCCUAAAUAAUCAGAUGAUUUCUAAAUAAUCAUAAUUGCUAGCUCAGUGCUAUGCAAUUUAAAACAGUUCUAUACUUUGUAUUAUAAAAUGCAUAAAUCUGUGUCCGUUCAUUCGACACAAUUUUUCGACGUCCUCAGUUAACUGGGCCCUAUUCAGAUAUUUGCAUUAAUCAUAGGUAAAAUACCCCAGAAUUUCUAGCUGCACUGAGUCUGUCAUCUGUCUCUUAUUAAUUAUGCUAUUAGUCAGAAAACUUAAUGUUCUAGAUGCACUUUUUAACAGGUGAUAGGAGCCAACGUUAACCAGUGAAGAGAUGGAUGUAUUCUAGAGCUUUUCCGCUCAUGCAUGUUCAGGAAUUAGUUUUCUUAAUAGCAAAAUGUGAAUUUAGGAAUGCUAUAGGUUUCGUUUCCUGUCCUAUAUCCAACUAUUUCUCCUGUGUUAUUUCUUGUUCUUAAUUCAUACUGUUAAACUACAGGUAUAAGCUAAAUAUUAUCAUUCAACGUGGGCUUGCUGGGCUUGUUCAGUAAGCAAGUGGGUAAGCUGUGGAAAUAAGCAAUAUUUCAAAAUAAGCACAAAAAUAACAAAGGGAGUCCAAAGAAAUCUUUGAGUAAACUAAAUCUACAUGAAUUGGUUCAUGGAUUAUUGAAGUGUUAAUAGAGAUGAAAUAAGCUGCAUAUUUUAACCUUGCAUCCGGAAGAACUAGGUUCUUAUGCUUUCGGUGUGUGUGAUAGACUAAAUGAAGAGAGGGGUGUUUUUCUAAAAGUAGGAAAUACCCGGUAAUAAAUUGCAUUACUAAUGAGCUCAAAUUGCUAAACUGAACAAUGCAUUAUGUUUCGGAAUGUGCAGUAGUAUUCUAAUGAUCCAUCUUAGAAUCCAUGAUUAGCACGUGGUUUUGUGGUCGUGCUGCACUGUGGCAUUUUAGUGCUCUGCCAGCCUCAAAAGUCAAACAGGAAAUUGCUGGUUACAAUUAAAACUGGUUGAGAUAUAUCUUUGUGCAUCUGGGAUUCUGAUCAAACCAUCCUAUUUACACUAGAUCUAACCACUUCAAAGCUUGUUACCACUUUUACAUGAGCAGAAUUUUUCCAUAGAAAAUCUGAUCAAAGCUAUUUUAAUUGUUGUAUUCAUACUGGUCCUGAGGUGUAAUUGUUAACAGUUUAGGGUAACUUCAUGACCAGAAAGGUUAUAAGUACUUAAUAGCUAAGCAUUUCUUCCUCUAUCUAACUGAAAUAAGACGAUUCCACUCUUGAUCACCCAUCUCCUGCUCUCAUCCACUGUAAUUGCAUAUUGGCUAACAACAUUGAAACUAGCAAAUACUGUUCACAUACAUCAAUUAAUUAUAGCAACGAUAGAAAACUUCUUUAAAAUUAAUCUUGCAAACACUUUAAUACUUAAAUUGUAAAUAAAAUACUUCUUCUCAGCAUCUGUUAGGUAGUUAAUCUUAUGUAAUUAAUUAGUGGAUGGAAAUUUGAAAGAAAUAUUCAGUUCCAAAAUAAACUAGUAAACCUAAGUGGUCAUUCUCAAACAUACAAAGCUACAAGCAACAUAUUUUACAUAUUGCGGGUAAUAAAUCAGUCACAUAAAAAGGGGAAUAAUUUGCAUUCAGUUCUAUUGAAGGAAAUGCUAAUCCCCCAGAAUGGGUGGUAGAAAUUUAUUUUGUGAAAAAUUGGUAGUUUCAAAUUAGUCUCCCUUUUAUACCUAUGUGGGCGCUGCUUGCAUGUAAAUUGGUGACAUUUGAUACUGCCCACAUUGUGGUGCCCCUUGGGACGAGUAUCAACCUUGUUGAUUUUGCUUGCUUUACCUUUCGUGUAGCCAAUGGCAUUCUAGUCCUUUAAAACAAAUACUCAACAGAUGAUUGUUGUAAAUAUUCCACUGGACCCUUGAUGCUCUGCAAGAACAUCAAAUUAAUUAAAAUAUCCAAUAUAAACACUGUAAUUUAUUUUGUGAUUCACUCCAGAGCUCAAAAUUUAUGGCUGAGUUUUUAAAAACAUAAAAGAUGUUGGAAUGAGGAAGAGAUAUCAAUCCUAAGAGCAUAAGCAAAUAAAAAUUAUGUGGUUUGGGUUUAAUUAUCUUUCAAUGUAACAUGCCCUUGCCAUCAAGAAAACCUAUUAACAAUCGUAUCUGUUGGUAUGACUGUUUAACUACCCUGUACUAUUCAUGGAUUCAGACAUCACAGUACAGGCUGUUUGGCCCACUAUGUCUAUGCUGUAGCCAGGGAAGACGGGCUUCUCCCAUAUGCCUUGUCAAAUAAGAGAAUUAUGGAUUGGAAAUGAAAAGUUGUUCAGUAUUUGGAAGUUUUGGGUGAAGUGGAUUUUGAUAGUUUAGUCUCAAAGGAGCACAUGUUGACCACAUUAGAUUGGAAAUGGCAUGAAUGGUAAUCUGGUAACCCCUUUUUGAUGCAAGAUGAACUAAAUUUUUCCAGCUGCUCUCGCCAAGCUUUGAUCAGCCCGCUUGGUUUCUUCCUUCCCACUACUGAUUCACCAGGACUGCUUUCUUUCCACUUUCAAAACUACAUUAGCCUUUCCACAGCCUUUGGUGCAUGGUAAAACAUCUCAGCCUCUUUAUAUCUCUCCCCUCUGUGCUGAUAAAUCCUUGGCCUGACUCUGACAUCUUCACUGCAGUCUUUAUAUUCCUGCCCUAUGGAAAUCUCAUCUCUAUGUGCCCUCUGCACCUCACUCCCACCUUCAAAAGCUUUCAUUCCACUGCAGGCCUUUAAUCCUGCCACUCAGCCACUCCGUUCUUCCUCCAAAGCAGAUUUCCCAAGCCACUUGCUCACCAUAGUCCUUUCCUCCUUAUGGCAGAGAUAACAUCCAAGUCUUAAACAGAGUCAGGUCGCAGUAGUGUUGCGAUGAACUGAGCGUGACAUUUCACUCAGCACAGAAAGCAUGGUGCAAAUAAUUUCAUUAGGUGAUAUGCAAUAAUCCUGUGUAAAGGAAUGGAGUGGAGCAAGUUAAGGUGGUGUAGGUAAAAUGAACAUUGUUCUUUAUCUGUGGGAAUUUAGGAACAGAAAUAUAGAGAUGAAGGACCAUAACUGAAAAAUUUAUGGAAAUGACUGACCUCUUAUCACCAGCAAAGAUCUUUAUGAAUUUUACGAUAAAUUGGAUUUCAAUCACUUUUCUUGCACUAAGUGGGAACUAUAUUUUGCCUUGGUGCCAAAAUUAACAUUACCAAAAUAACACAUGGGAUGCGCCAAUACUAAAAAGUCACUGUAUUAUUGAACAAGUGGUAAUAACUGGCUUUUGCAUUUACAAAUGACAGAGCAUGGAAAUGAGGGAAGUAGAGAAGGAGCUAGAAUUAUAGAAGGGUUCAAUGGCAGGUUUGUGUCAUUUUAGCCUCUAUGGUAUGCAGCCAUCUGAUCCCGCCCUGUGCCGCACGGACCCUCCCCAUAACUAUCACCAAGGCCACGUGUUGCAACAUCUUCCAGUGAGAAGGAUAAAUGCUAUGAACAAUUAGUGAUCUUAAAAUGGAAGUCCAUCAAGGAGCCUUUACGUCAUAAAAUCAUAGAAAGUUGCAGCAUGGAACAGGGUCUUCAGCCCAUCUAGUCUGUGCUGAACAGCCAUUCCAUCACACUAAUCCUACAUUAGUCUCGCUUAUCCUCCCAACUUUCGCAUCAUCCCCCACCCACCCCAGAUGGUGGUGUUCACCUCAAUGUCAGUGCUCCCAGAAGGAUGCGCAAAUUCCAUGCAGGUGGCACUUCAGGUCAGUGUUGAACCCAGAUCUCACACUUUGAAACAGCAACUAUAUUAACUAUAACACAGUGCCACCCUUUGGUAUAGAUCACGACUGGCUGUGUGGUUUGUUGUUUGUUUAACUGUGGGCAAACAGUGAAAGCCAUAACCUUUUAGUCCAACCUCUUGUCAGUCAAUCAAAAACAAGUGCCGCUUAUAUUGGUGAAGUUCUGACAUGUGGCUUAGAAACACCAUUUACUCUAGGAUGAAUCCUGAUGGGAAUUUCCCAGUUCAGUUUCCACUGGUGCAUGAUUAGUGUAAGCAAAUAAAAAUAUACUUGUCUAAUAUAUUUUUCAGAUUCAAGCUCUAGCCAGGUUUUUUAAUCUACAUGCAGAAUUAGUUUGAACAGAGAUUUCAGAGUUUUCAUCAGGCACAAUUAAGUAUAUUCUUAAAAUUAAGUACUUUUUUAAGGGCUUGGGUUAUGCCAAAUAUUUUCUGAGCACAUUGGGAAUGAAUGCUGAACACUGAGUCAAUGUAUAUUAUCAAGUUAUAAUAGAAACACACCAUUGGCCCAAAUGGUAAUAGACAGACAUGUCAAAUAAGCAAAACAUUUGGAAUUAAGUUAAUACUGUGAUACCCAGUUGAUUAGUUUUAACAAUAUGCUGAAUGGGAUCAUUGCUUGCUUUCUAUAUACAAGAUGCCGUUAAGUUAAACUUGGAUUCAGAUUUUUUUUAAAGAAAAUAGCAGAUGAAAUCUCUGCCUCUCAGUUUAGUAAAAGAAGCUCAGGUGAUAAAUAGGAACAGCAUCUACUGAAGAAACACUGUCAGUCUAGUUGUUGCUUAUCGUGCUGAACAAUGAAUCACAAAAUUGUAAUUGUAAUUGUAGAAAGGUAUUAACAGCAUCCUGCACAACCUUGCAUGGUAUUCAAAUAAUCUAUUGAUUGGAAUGACGAUUCAAGGAGACUGUUUGGAGCACUGCACUGUAAUCGAGUCUCAUGUGGAUUCUGUUAGAUGUCUAAUGACCACCUAAAAGCAUUUUUACAGUAGUUUGACAGAAUAAUGGCAUCAGAGUAGUAUUUAUAGAAAUUCCAUCUAUUUAAAGUAGUGACUCUUAAGCCUGUUAGUGCUCUUCAUUGUUGAAGCACCUAUUAGAUAUGUUGCUGGUUUAGAAACUGGAAUCUUAACAAAUUCAAUGGGUUGUCUGUUCCGUCUGUCUCUUAGUGCUUACAGUACAUAAUUAUGAGCCUGUAAUCUUUUCUCAAGGGCUGUUCACCUUAAAUCUCCAGAGUCUUCCAAAAACUAGUUUAGUCAGGAAUAGUUGUAGUAUUCUCAUAACACCUAUGCAGAUUCUGUGAAUAUUCAAAUAGUUUUCUGUUCUUGAAAAGGAUAACGUGUCAUUCUAUAAUAGUUGCCCGUAUUUUGUUAGCUUAGAAACCAGUAAUUAUCUGAAGGUAAGAGCCAAUAAAUUAAUCAGAUAAAUUGAGAAUUUGUUUGGCUCCACUCCAGAUUUACAGUAUAAUUUCACUCAGGAUGUAACUUCAAAGCAUGCGUGGUAUAGUUACUCUAGAAUUGCAUAUGUAUGUCUGAAUGCUUUGUUGAAAAGCACACUUAAUCUUUUUAGUGAUCUACUCUCCUGUUGGUAAACGUUGAGACAGCCUAUUACUGGGCAAAAAAGCUGUCCAGCUGUGUCAGCAUGGUUUGGUAUCUGCUGCAGUUUAGAACUGGGCCUGUGCUAAUAUGAAGGUGUUUUUGAAGGAUCUCUUUGCUGGGACUCCUUUGCUGGAUCUCUCCACUACUCCUUUUUUUAAAUAAAUGACUCCAUAAAUCAGCUGUAACAGCAAAUUAGAGGCACUCUCUUAUAAUGUCAAUUCUCCUCUCAAGUAUUAAUUACCAAUUAUACAGUGUAUUAAUCCUUUUAAACAAAUAUCAAACAGACGAAUAGAAGUUCGAUUAUAAGUUUUGAUUUUUGCUAAAAUAAAAUCUGUAAUGAUACUAACCUCAACUCAGUUUUAACUGACAAUGUUUUAUGUAACUGACAUUAACAUAACACUUUACGCAUUUGAUUUAUUUUCCAAUUUUACUCUACAGAGGAUUGUGUCUACAAUAACUAAACACUUUUAUGUAUUAAAGCACACUACUGAGGAGGCUAAAAUUUAAAAUAAAAAGCUUUUUUUUUGGAACUCCUCAACUGGUCAGAUAAAAUCUGUGAAGAGGAAGCAUCUUGCAAAAGGACUUUGUGGAAACUCUUAACCUGUUUUCUGUCUCCAUAGAUGCUGCCCAACUGCUGUGUAUUUCCUGUUUUACCUGUUGCAACACACUAGAAUUAUGAACCAUAGAUUUGAAAUUGAUUUCUGAAAAAAAUGCACUUUGAGUUAAAUUCACAGUUACCUGGUUCCAUUUUCCUUGUAAGAAUUGUUUUGAUUUCCUGGAUAGUGUUUCUUUAUAAAUAUUACUGAUAAAUUCUAUUUGGUUUAAUGGGAAUUUUACUUCACAUCUAUUAUCAAAUUGCUGAUCCUCAUUGGCAUUCUUUUAAGUUUCCAAACAAAAUUCAGUGUUUUUGUUACACAACCAAUUAGAACAUUAGUUGUGCUUGCAGAAAUUGACCUGGUAGGAGAGUGCAUUUGGCUUUUAAAAGUUUCAUGUCACUGCUUAAAAAUGCUAGUUCUAGGAGUUAAAUUAGUUAGAAAUCAGGGUAAUCAAAAGACAAGCAGGUUUUAAAAUAUAUCGGGUAACUUUUUUUCCACCAUAUAAAUGGAUGAAUUAUAGUUAAAAUGUGUUGUUAAUAUAAUAUCACCUGUGUGCUGUUAUUGUAUGUUGAAGCAGAAUUGUAUUGUUAAUAAACCUUCAUAUAUUCUUCAAGCUGUUAAAUGGGAAUGUACCACUGACCUGACAUCUAACCAAAUGGUUCAACAAUCGUACUGUAUAUUGCUAAGAUCUAAAUCUUCUGGACUUUAAUUUCUACAAUCAGUUUUCAGUCACAAUGUAAGAGCAGAUGCACUUGACAUUACGAUAAUGUCAAUGUAAAGGUUUUUCAUUAUCACAGCGAAACACUCCUGAAGUCUUGUAUGGCGUAAAUGUUGGAAAAUAGCUACAGUUUAACUGGGUGGAAUUUGCGAUAGGAAUUUCUGGUAUGGUUGAUCAUUUUUGCUUGCAGUAUCCAGUUACAUCUUGUUAGUGCCUUAAUAUUGUUUCCAUAUAUUGGGUAAAUGCAGGUAUUAAAAUUUCAGAAGCAGCAAUAUCUUGAAACCAGUAGAAGUGCAAAUUUCACAUGGUUUAAUAUUAUUAAAGUGCAGAUUACAACUUGUAAGUAAUCCCAUAUUUCCUUUUAAUUUCUAUGCAACAAAUUCAAGUAUUGCUGUAUUAAUAGCAAUGGCUGUAUAUGUUUAAUUUUGUUUAAUUUGUGCAUUUUUCGAUGAAAGUAAA